AUGCAUGGCGUCGGUGACGACCUCUGGGCCCUCCGUCGUCCCAGACAGCGGCACCGCCCUGGGCGCGCUGGCGCGCGGCCUGGCCGCGCGGCGGGCGGUGUCCCUGAAGGAGUUCCUCGAGGCCGCCGAGUUCUUCUGCAGGGUGCGGGAGCACGUCGCCCGCGGGCACCUCGUGGACCUCUUCUGCGGCCACGGGCUCGUCGGGGUGCUCUUCGCGCUGGCGGAGCCGCGGACGCGGAGCGUGCUGCUGCUGGACGUGCGCCGGCCCGCGAGCUUCGACGCCGUGCUGGGGGCGGCCGAGGACGCGGCGGUGGAGCUGGGAGGGCGCCGGGGCGCCGUGGCCGAGCGCGUGCGCUUCGAGGAGCGGGACCUCCUGGGCCCGCUGGAGCCUCGUCCGGCUCCUCGCCCUCCGUGGCCGCCGGCGCCGCCGCCCGGCGGGGCGUCGAGGCCGCCGAGGCGGCGUCCUGCCGGGCCGCGGGCGCGGGACAGGCCCGCGGGCGCUUCCCGGCGCUGGCGGCGCGCCGCAUGCUGUCGGAGCUCGAGGACCCGACGGGCACGUCGCACCUCCCGGAGCACGCGGCGGUGACAGGCGUCCACGCGUGCGGCCGCCGCACGGACUUCUGCAUUGAGGCCGCCAUCCGCGUCGGCGGCCCCGUGGCCGUGCUGCCCUGCUGCCACGGGCCCGCCCCGAAGGCCGUGCCGCGGGGCGUGCGCCAGGCGCUGGGCGGCGCGCUGGCCCGCGACGUCGGGAGGAGCUACCGGCUCCAGGAGGCCGGCUACGAGGUCGACUGGGAGGCGCUGCCCGCGGCCGUGACCGCGGAGAACCGCCUGCUGCUGGGCGUGCCGCGGGUGUCGAUGGACAGAAAGUCCACGGGCCAGCUCUUCUCUACGCAGUGCGGCUCAGCAGCCUUGCCGGGCAAGAAUCUAGAUACGAAGUGGAGCCCGGCGGUCGCCCCUGUCGCCCCCGCGGCAGCACUCGCCGCGGGGGCGGCAGCAGCCCUCGCCGAGGGGGAAGGCGAGCUCGCAGGUGCCCGCGCGACAGCCGGGGCCAGCUUCGCGCGCCGCGCCGCGGUGGAGGCGACCGCGAGCCCCGUCGAUUGCGCGCGCGACUGGGCUGCCGAGCCGCGCGGGCCGACGGUGCCCAACCAGGCGCUGCGCGCCGCGGUGCGCGCGCGGCGCGCGGCGGGCCUGGGCCUGAACGCCGGCUCUCUGCGCGGCCAAGCGGGCGGCCGGCUGGGCCGCGCCAUGAACGCCACAGACGGCAGCGUGAACGCGAAGCGGGCAAAUAUCGGAGGCCAUCGCGAUGAUGUUGACAUCUCCGUUCGGGUGGACGACACGGGCCCGUGCGCAGCUGACGUUGAGGGGCAAGAGCUUCAGGAAGUGUUGUGCACCACCGACUCGCAGGGUCAUCACCACCUUUUCGGUAAAACGCUUGGUGGCCAGCUGGGGCAGCUGCACUCGUCGCCAAAGCUGCGGCACGUCAGCGGGCACUGCUCGCGUGGGAGCGAGCCUCUCGCCGGACCGGUCUCCGCCGAGGAGGUCGGCAUCUGUGGCGUGGUGCAUGGCGCUUCCCCAGACCCUCCGCCACCUCCAGACCCGAUCGUCCUGGGCGACGACGGAACGGCCGCAUUCCGCGUCAUGUCCUUCAACGUCUGGAGAGAUGGAGGGCGCUCCCUGGAGAGGACCAUCGAGGUCAUCCGAACUCUGAGGCCCGACAUCGUGGGGUUGCAGGAGGCAAGCGAGGCAACAGUGCAACGCAUCGCUCGUGAUGCCGGGCUCAACUAUUAUGCUCUCGGGAGGCAGGGCGUGGUGUCGCGCUUUCCGCUAGAAUGCAUAUUUGAUGAUCACUACGGUGGCGGUGUUGUUGCCGUUCACGCGCCCGUCGAAGGUCGCGCGGAGCCAUUCAUCCUUCGCCAUGCCAAUGUGCAUUUGGAGCCCUACCCGUACCCUCCGUACGAGCUGCGAGCCGAGGGGAGGUCGGCCGGAGAGGCCAUCCGCGUGGAGGCGACGACACAGCUGCCGAUUCUGGCGGCCGUGCUCAGCCAUCUCUGCAGCUGCUCUACCGGCCCACGCCCACCGCUGCUGCUCACGGGCGACUUCAACUGCGCUUCUCACUUGGACUACGGGGCGGAGUACGCUGCGCCCUGCAGCGCCCUGUGCGCCGCGGCGGGCCUCGUCGACACCUAUGCGGAGGCAAACCCGACGCACCUGGGCGCCUGGCGACAUGGAGUGCACGAUGCCCCAGGGAUCACAUGGGCUGCCUUGCCCGAGGAAGAGCCCAAGAAGAUUUGGGAUCGCAUCGAUUUUGUGUAUGCGGAUCGUGGCAGCUUGGCGACAGAGAAAAUCACAGACUUCUAG